AUGUCCAACGCUGGUGGUGGUGGUGAUGAUGACGAGGACCUACACUCGCGAGCCUUACUGCGGGCUAUUGUGGGCUAUUUGGGCACAAUUGAGACGCCAGCGGACGGUCACAUCGACGCCCAUCUCAUCAAAGACUGUAUAAGACGUAUACGAGUGGAGAACAAGUGUCAGACGCAGCACCUGUUGGCCGUAUACCAGGACAGUGUGCACCUCGUGAACGGUAGAGGCCGUACGAUCGCCCAGUUCGCCGCCGAUAGCCUCAAGUCGUGCGGCAUCUGCGCCGACGAUCAGAAGUACUUCGCUAUCAUUACGGCCAACACGGCUACCGGUGCCGCCGCGACUGCCGAUACCGGGGACGCGAGUGGCAGCUAUUCGUGUCACGUGUUCACUACCGGUGCGACCACUCAUCAGCAGCACUAUAAGACGGCACAGAAUUUCGGGAUUAAAUGCACAUUAGAUCCCGUGUCCGGGCAUUGUCUCGAGUUUCCCGAGAGUUCGGACUCUAUAUUACGGGUAAUCGUAGGCCUGUAUCGGCACAAAGUCGGGUGCGCGCCGUCGGCCAUGGCUACCGUCGCCCACAGCCCGCCCGGCGCUCGCCAUAACAGCGCCAGUAAUAGCGACUCCGGGAUCACCGAAGAGAACAGUCGCUCGCCCGACGCCAACCAUACCGUCCCCCCGGUGUCUCGCAAUCAGUCGUAUAAUAGCGAGCGCCUGGAGGCGCAGUUGAAUGCGGCGAACGUUAGGCAGACUGUCCACAAGUACUUGAAGUUAAAGCACGACUUGAAGACUAUAGGCUUUCCUACGGAUCCCCAAAUGGGUGGACAGAAGGCGCCGGUGGAUAGUGAGCUCAGUGCCAACGACUGUAAGCAGCGCCUGGAGUCCAAUGAGGGGUCGAUGUUUAAGGCGCCGCGCGGCUCGGCCUACUCGCUGGCCUCCAAUGGGAAGCCUGUAAUGCCGGCCACCCUUUCCAAAGAGAAUCUGGAGCUUAAUAAUGAGGUACAGGUGCUGUGCGAUUGCGCAAUCACUUCGGGUUACGAUUUGGACACGAAGUCGUCGAUGAGUUUGGAGGGAAUGCCGCCCAUGAGUGACACGGUGUCGGCCGCCAGCGCUAGUGUGGUGUCGGAGCGACCCGUAGACGUGGGUUGGGUCGGCGGGUGGGCCCAAGACUUCGAGAAACUACUGUCCGAUAGCGUGGGACUCAAAGUGUUUGCCGAAUUCCUCAAAAAAGAGUUCAGUCACGAGAACCUCCAGUUCUGGAUGGCCUGCGAAAAGUACAAACUUCUCACUGAUAGCGCACAGUUGCGAACUGAAGCCAAAGCCUUAUACGACCGGCACUUAUGCACCGGCGCUCCCGAGGCGGUCAAUAUCGACGGUCGCGCGCGACUCAUAGUGGAGACAGCGAUGGACGAGCCGACGCCCGGCCUGUUCGCCGCCGCCGAGAAACAGAUCUAUAAUCUCAUGAAAUUUGAUUGCUAUCAACGGUUCCUGAAGUCAAACAUCUAUAAGGAGUGCGUAUCGAUGGAACUCCAGGGCCGAGCGCUGCCCUACGAGUGCUCGACCGCACCGGGCGUUGAUAGCGACGGCACCGGCGAUGAUAAUCAUCGCUUCAAAGACACGCAAAUAAACACAAUUAAGCCGAAGAAGCGGUCGUUCAUACCGUGGCAUCGGAUCAAGUCGUCGAAGGCCGAGAAGCAGCAGUUGAAGCGCCUGAACGCCAAGCAGACGUACGUCCGGUGCAAGUCUGCCUGCGAUCACCACAACAGCGGCGCCAGUAGUGUCACCAACAGGUCCGACGUGACGGGCAGUCAGUCAUCGUUGGCCACCAGUGAUCAGCAAUCCAUGAAUGGCCGCCAGAAAGCCAUGUAUUUGAUGUCGAAGUCCAAGGAGUCGUUGGAUAAGAUGGGAAGGGCUGUGACGCCGGCGCCCGCAGGCAAUGGUAGCCAUCACUGCCAGGACGACGACUGUCACCUGUUGUGCGUAUUACUGCCCGACCGGUCGCAGACUGUAGUGCCUCUGGUGGACGGGCAGACUGUGGGGCAGAUGGUCGAGGGUUUGCUGCGGAAACGUGGACUCAAUUACUCGGCGUUCGACGCCUUUGUCACCGGAUCUGAUAAAUCGUUGGACCCGACGCUAGACGUGUCGACUCUGGGCUGCAAUGAGGUUCGUGUGGAACAACGGGUGCUCUUUGAGAUAGAUUUCCCCAAUCGGGAGAGGAUAAUAGUGAGCAUAAGCGACGACUUGGAGGAGUGGGGCUGGGAUUGUGUGUCCAGUCGUAUGCCCGUAGCCGUAGACAAGUCGCGGACAGUCGUGUCGUCCCCGUCGACGGCCACCGACGACGACAAACCCAUUCGCGUACUAAACGACUCCCUAUUCGACAAACACUCGGAUAAGACGAGUUCGUCGGAGAAGGAGAAUCGCCUACCGGUGCCCACCGUAGCCGACAGUACCGGUGCGGGUGUCGACUUGCAAUCGACGGCCAGAACUUUUUCCGCGACUUAA